CCCACGUCGGUGCAACCUGCAUUGCCAUCCGGCGCAAACACGACAACUAAUUCACCCGCAACCCCAAGGAAUAAAUGCAUAUUAAACAUCGAAGAAGAGGGGUGCGUCAAGGAUCCUUUCGUUUGAAAACUACUCACUGUAUCAAAAGUAAAGAGGGCGUAGGGGGGUAGGAGAUUGCAACCUUCACGUGGUCCGCCCUGUUUCGACGAAGGCAAUCAACCUGGCAAGCACAAUCAAAUAAGAUCAAAUAGAACAAGUUGUCCUUCAACUUUAGGCUCUGCACGCCAUACGCAAGAAGAAGAAGCCACUUCAAAGCCUUGUCGCACGGUGCACGAUAGAGAUCAUGCUGACUGGUUGUAUUACUUGGUUCAUCAACUCAAACACCUAGGAAUGAAGGAGAUUGCAGAGAGUGGUAGACACUGCCCCAUCCAUCACAGAAGUUUCUGCCAGCAACUAAUAAAGAGAGGAGGAAAUUUGUGCCAUACACCCCCAGAAGCUCUGUGGUCAAGGUUCUUUCAGGACUCACUUAUCACGGACAUUAUUCCAGUUAACCUGGCCGUGCACCUGGGUUAUUCACUCCAAGCACGACGUUUGUGAAUGCAGAUUCCGGGGUCUAAACCCGAAGACUGUUCCAGGCAGGAGUGGAGGGAUAAUCAACGAGUUUCCAAAACAGAAGUCUAAAACAAGGUCCCAGAUUCCAGCUAACAGUAACUGUCGAGAAAGGGAAGCGUUCAUUUGAAGAUUGAAUAUCCACGCCAUAGCUUUUGUUGAAUGCACAUCGCCAAUGACAGCUCUUGUUUGUGUUUAUAGUUUAAUAUUGAACUCUCGCUGGGAGAGGAAUGCAAUCUGGGAUUUGUAGUUCCUGACCGGCGGUGAUGGGGGAAGAUCCGUCUGGUGGAAAAUACAUCUGCGAGAGCAGCCAGCAGCCACCGAGCGCUCCGCUCCCGGAGAAAUCCUCUGUUUGGACGCAUUCUAUGGCAAAUAAUGAGACCGCAACAUUUAGAGCCUCCAGCCGACCUGCUCUCCGGCUGAAAUACAAUUGUGCCUGGGCGCUGGGUGCAAACGGGCACACCAAACAAAAAAAUUAAAUAAAUAAAUAAAUAAAUAAUCAAUAGAUGACGCACAGUGUGCGAGCUGUGAGCCAGGCGAGGCUGUAAAACGACGUGGAGCUCGCCUCGCCCUGCAGUGAACGGCAGCGAGCAGCACAGGGCGGCCGCGACAGCAUGGCAGAACCGACCAAGACGCACGUUAUCCUGCUGUCAUGCGGCAGCUUCAACCCCAUCACCAAAGGACACAUUCAGAUGUUCGAGAGAGCCCGUGAUUAUCUGCACAAGACAGGGCGCUACAUUGUGAUUGGCGGAAUCAUCUCUCCAGUUCAUGACUCCUAUGGGAAACAGGGCCUUGUCUCCAGUCGACACCGUCUCACCAUGUGCCAGUUGGCCGUUCAGUCAUCUGACUGGAUCAGGGUAGACCCAUGGGAGUGUUACCAGGAUACUUGGCAGACAACUUGCAGUGUGCUGGAACACCACCGAGAUCUAAUGAAGAGAGUGACUGGCUGCAUUCUGUCCAACGUAAACUCUCCAGCUACACCUAUCAUUGGACAGCCGCAGAAUGGAAGGCGUACCAUCUACCAGAACUCCACAAUCACGAACGACAAACCCACUGCAGUUCGUAUCCUGGGGAAGGUGAGCGAAAGUCUGGGGAAAAUCUGCUGUGUUCGUCCACAUGUUGAACGCUUCACCUUUGUGGAUGAAAAUGCAAACCUGGGUACGGCCAUGAGAUACGAAGAGAUUGAGCUCCGGAUUUUGUUGCUGUGUGGGAGUGACUUGCUGGAAUCCUUCUGUAUCCCAGGUCUGUGGAAUGAGGAAGAUGUGGAAGUGAUAGUUGGUGAUUUUGGAAUAGUGGUUGUCCCACGAGACAAUGUAGACACGGACAGGAUCCUCAAUCAUUCCUCGAUGCUUCGCAAAUACAAGGAUAACAUUCUUGCUGUAAAGGAUGAUACUAAUCACCCCAUGUCUGUUGUCAGUUCUACCAAGAGCAGACUUGCUUUGCAACAUGGUGAUGGCCACGUGGUGGAAUAUUUGAACCAGCCAGUUAUUGAUUACGUCUUGCAGAAUCAGCUGUACAUCAAGACAUCUGGAUAAAGUUAUCCAGUGAAGACCAGAAAGCACAGCUUGCAAUCUCCCUCUCAGUAAAACUGUACCACUACUCCUCUGCUUACAUGUCCAGAGCUUCUCGUGUCUGCCAUUCCCACUGUACAAAACGAGUCGAAGCUCUACUAACAGAAUGCACUGUGUGAACUGCAUAUACAACUUCUUGUGUCUUUUCCUUUGUGCUCCCCUCUUUCAAUUUUUUGUGCUGAUCUUCCUAUUGUUCCAGAUUACCAAAAUCAAUAACUAUUUCUGCUUUUUUCACUAGUGUUAGAAUUACAUAUGUUUCUUUGCGACAAAUUCCUAAUCUCUUUGUGCUGCUUGCAAAUUUAAAACAACUUGGUUGUAUGCCUUCUGGAUUUGUGAUCCAGGACUCGCAGUUAGUAGCAUGUCUAGUUCAAAGAACUGCUUCAAUGCCUCUGUGUUUGAUAAAUGUGAUAAACUCAAACAAUCAAUUGUUUUCCAUAGAAACUAAAUAAGUACUUGGACAAUAUUACAUGUAUUCUUGAUGUCAUAAUAUGCAAAAGUUAUAAAAAUAUUCAUGAAUGUUCUGGUGGAAUUGGAGUAAAAUAAAUUGGCAUUAAUAAUAUUUUCCGUCUGGAAUAUGAACAUAGGAAUUAGUCUCCUUCCUCUGAAUUACAUUUUGGUUGCUAUGGAAAAAAUUUAAAAAGUACAACUUUCCUUGCUAUUUAAUAACAAUGCAAUUUUUUGGCCAGGCUUCAUCUUUUAUAUAAACUCUGCUGAGUAAUGAUGGUGAAAUUCCAAAUAAGUAUGGAUAAGAUCACACUGUGACUUAGGACUAUAUUUCAUUUAUAUGCAGCAGUAGGAAAGAAGCACAGAAAAACAAUUAGUCUGGAUGAAUCAGGAAUUGCAUGUUCUGCGUUUCUAUGUAACUUGUGUUCAACGAAAUUGAUCCAAUUUUUGCAAGUGGUGUUUAGCUACUGUAAUGUUGGAACCAGAAAGCAUUCGAGAAAAUUUGAAAAAAGGAUGGCAGUCAUACAAAUAAUCCUCCCGUACAAACCACGCAAUAUCUUCAGCCUCGGAAGCUAAAUGUUGAAGCAAAGAAGUCUGUAUUCUUUUUUGUAGAAGGUUACUAGUUCACAAGUUAUAGGAGUAGAAUUAGGCCAUUCGGCCCAUCUAGUCUACUCUGUCAUUCAAUCAUGGCUGAUCUCUGCCUCCUACUCCCAUUUUCCUGCCUUCUCCCCAUGACCCAUGACACCCAUUCUAAUCAAUAAUUUAUCUAUCUUUGCCUUUAAAAUAUCCACUGACUUGGCCUCCACAGCCCUCUGUGGCAAUGAGUUCCACAGAUUAACUACCCUCUGACUAAAGAAGUUCCUCCUCACCUCCUUUCUAAAUGUGCGCCCUUUAAUUUUGAAGCUAUGACCUCUGGUCCUAGACUCUCGCACCAGUGGAAACAUCCUUUCCACAUCCACUCUAUCUAUGCCUUUCAUUAUUCUGUAAGUUUCAAUGAGGUCCCCUCUCAACCUUCUAAACUCCAGUGAGCACAGGCCCAGUGCUGCCAAAAGCUCAGAAAAUGCUAACCCACUCAUUCCUGGAAUCAUUCUUGUAAACCUCCUCUUGAUCCUCUCCAGAGCCAGCACAUCCUUCCUCAGAUAUGGGGCCCAAAUAUGAGUUACAAAAUGAGUGAGUUGGGAUUAGCCUCCUGCUGUUUUCAUUUUGCGGUUCACUGGACUGCCAAAACAAUUCAAACAUGCAAUAAGAUCUCAGUUACAUUGAAACUUGACAUCUACUUGACUCCCUGGAACCAAAUUUCUCAAAUAUAAUGCUUUUUUAACCAGUAAUCCUCUACAUUUUGUCAAAUGUCAUUGUAAAUUGAGAUAUAUUUUAUCAAUCUUUUUAUCCAAUUCUGCUAUGGAGAUUUUCAUGUUCACUAGUAAUCUCAGAUCUUUACACUUUCCAGGACAUUGAAAGAAACUUAUUUCAGAUUAAGGUUUAUAUUGUAGGGUACUUUUAAUUGUAGGAUUAAUUCCAGGGUUUUUAUGAUUUCACAUGACUGUGAACCUUUUGAGUUCCAGUUCAACUUCAAUCUUGUCUACGUUAGGCCCAACGUGAAAGAACGAUGGUCAGUUUUGAGGGCUAGUUAUGAAGCAGUUGUGAAUCUUAUGAAAGGAAUAUUGAACAAAACACCGAAAAUGGAAAGACAGUAGCGCAGGAAUGUACACGGGACAAAAGUGUAUGCAGAUUUCUGAAGCUAGCUUUCACAGGUUAGAUGGGAUAAAUUCCAACUCAAGACCUAGUCCUCGUCUCCCUUCAGAGAGUAAAACUAAACAACUCCAAGUCACUACAACAAUAUAGAGGAAAAUCAUACGAAAGGCGUGAUUCUCUCCAAAAUGACCAUCUUAGUGACAGAAGUUGAUUAUUAGUUCUUGCUUCAUUCUGUUAUUUUACUGCAGAAAUAUCUUGAACUGACUCUCUCUCUCCAUCCCCUCUCCCUUCCCAGUUCUCCCACCAGUCUCCCUGUCUCGGACUACAUUCUAUCACUGUCCCACUCACUCCCCUCACAUCAGACUGAAGAAGGAUCUCGACAUGAAACGUCACCCAUUCCUUCUCACCAGAUGCCUGCCUGCCCCGCUGAGUUACUCCAGCAUUUUGUUGUCUACCUCUUCAACUGACAUGUCACGUUUAUUGUGAUAUGCACAUGGAUGGUGAGAUACAGGUACAAUGAAAAUCUUGCUUGCAGCAGCAUCACAGACACAUAGACUCAGACAACAGAGAACCUUUGCUUUUAACAGUUGAUUUUUUGAUUCUUGCCGCUAUUGUAUUAAAUACACCUGGUUGUUUAGUCACAAAAUUAGUUUUCAUUACUAAAUACCCUGCCCAUUUAGUCUUCCCCAAAAAGACUUGCUAACAAAGAAAUUGUGUAUUUAUGUAUUCUGUUAAUAAUUGUGCAUAGCUGUCAGAUGUAUCCUUUAAUGUACAGUGUGUGACUUCUCUCUGUUCACUGUUGUCUAGUGUCCAACACCAUUAGUAGUUUAACCUUUAAUGUCGCACGAUUGUCUCUCUAAUGCACAGAUUCUUCGGCAAAUAUAAUGAAAGGGUUCUAUAUCACUUCCCUGAUGUUUUCAUUUUACUGUCAUUCAAGAAUAAUACUGUAAUGAUGUGUGCUCAAUUUGAGAGCUGUAAGUUAUCUAAAUGCAUGCUUUCAAGAUUCUCCAGUAGGAUGUCAUUUUUUAACUACAAAAAACUUCAUAGAACAAAAGACUCUACCUGCUGGUAUAAUGCUGGCUGAGAUCCAUGUCAUGAGUUCCAUAUCUUUCAUGAAACAGAUUCCAAUUUCCCAAUUUGAAAUUCAUCAUUUCUAGAAAUGGCAAUGUAAUGGCACUUCUAUAUAAAACAUACAUUUAUCAAAAUAUUGUUUUUUCCUGACCUACAAUACAGUCUUUGUUCAUAGAUCAAGUACAAACAAGAACUAAAUAGCUUCAUGUCUGGCAGUUCCUUCCCAAGCUCUUGGUUGUGUUUCUGUUUGUAACUUGCACGGGUUUUUUUUAAAAACAGACUCCACUUUUAUAACGUUUUUUUAUAAGCCUGUGAUAAUAAUCUAGAAGCUUAAAUUCUUUUCAAUAAAUGUUUCUGCAUGAUUAGCAGCACAGGUAUUAUCCGGGGCUGGAAAAUGUAACCCGUUCAUAUAUAAGGCACAAUGGAAUUUGUUUAACAGAGAAGAUGAACAUAAAAAAACAAUAAGAUGCUGCUACCUCCUGGAUUUGGAUAAUUUAGCACCCUUGUUUGAUAGCUCUUUUGUUCUGAGAAAUGAAUUAAAUAAUUUCCACAAAAACUAAAAAAAAUAUUUGUUUUCUUGUGCUGGCAAUACACAUGUGUAAUCCCCCAUCUGCACCCAACCCCCUCCCCUGCUCUGGUGGUCAUUCAGUGGUCAGUGCGUACUUUUGUAUUCGUUACUUUUUUGUUUAAAGAUACAAUAUAAAUGACUCUAAUUUAGUGGACAAUAUCUUUUGAUUGUGCUUCUGGUAUUUGUGACAUCUCCCAUGAUGUAUUGAACUGUUUGUAGGUGUGAACCAAUGUGGAUAAAGAUUGCAUCCAGUGUAGUGUUCAAUCCAUUGUUGCGUGUCUGAACAUCAUCUUUUCCCUGUCGCUCCAAACUUUCAAAGGAGUUUUAGAAGACUGUAUAGAUUAGCUGGAAGCUAAGUGUUUCCUCUGCAUCUGGUUCAGGGUGCAACAAACGCAUGCGUAAUUAUAAUCACCCGUGUAUCUACUUUUAUGCAGAGCUCGUUCAAGAGAAAGGGGCAGAAAGCAUAAGGACUAUUGACUGUUUAUCGUUAAAUGAUUCAGACCAUUUGGGAAGGAUGCUUUGAGCUCACUGGGUGAGGUAGUGUCUUGGGUACCUUUUUGAACUAGGAUGGGUUGAAUUACCACUAUCUAUACCUUUUUUGUUCUAUGGUCCAUCAUCAUCGCAAACUUCCUUUUGAACCACCACAUGACAUUAUUAUUAGAUUUCACCUAUUUACCACUUUGCUGCAGAAAUGUCACUGCUGGCUCUGUCAUAAUUAUGAAGGUUAAUCCUUUGACCCCUGUUUAAAUCAUGAGCAGUCAGGCAAAAGUGAUCUGGUAAUUGCCACAAUUGAGUAGUUGGGGCAGGUAUCUUUAACCAAACAAGCCACAGAUAAGUGAGGGUGGCAUUUAUUCUACAUGAUUAAGAGUACUGUGUACGGAGCAUGUGAACUGUAAUGAAUUAAAACAAUUAUUGCUCAGUGUUUUAUUUAUCUUUCUUUUCUGAUAUGGAGCCCACCCAAACUCACGCUAUUCACAGCAUACCAUUUGUUUCAGUCUGAUCACAGAUCAGGUCAACUGCACAUUGUUGUCUCAACGUCUUGGUGAGACAUUAACCACUCAGUGACCCCUUGGUAACUUCACAUAUCUUAAAAUCUGGUUAAUUUUAGAACAUUUCCUAUUUCUGUGUAUUAUCUUUAAUUAUUGAUACGUAAGAUGAUUCGAUGAUGGACUUAAUAGUCAGAAAUCAAAUAUUCUGUUUUGUGUAUCAUGAACUUUCAAAUUAUUUCUUAAAUUGCUAAUAAAAUUCCUUGCUGAAAGAA